AUGCUCCCUUCCAAGCGUACCGCACACCAGAAAUUACUGGCAUCGCUUGCCGGAAAGAUGAAGGUCGAGCUGUCUACUUUGGUCAUUCUUAUCAUCGAUGGCAGCUGCGCUGCGAUGCUAGAAGGAAAGGAUGCUUGCGGCAAUGAUCUCGCCCUAGGUGGCAUGCAAAGCUUUGGAGGAGUUUAUUGGGGAUUCUUACCUAACUGUUGUAACCGGCGGAGUAGUACGUUGAUGUCCACCAUCAAUGGACUCACAGGCAAACACGCUAGCACGUAA